AUGUACGCCCUAUGUAUACCCACACAUCUACCACACCCACAGCCGCCCCAGAAGAAGAAUAGCGUUGACCCUGAGGGUGACUUUGAGGGUGACCCCAUGGACGUGGCAGGACACGUUUCUAACGAAGUCCUGGAGUGGGAGGUUAACAACUGUGCCAAGGCUAUCGCUGCAGCCAAGGCCAAGGGGCAGGAACCAGACAACGAUAUACUUCAGAAGAAACAGACGGCUGAGGUGAUGAUGCAAGUGCUGAUCAUUCAAAUCCAGACGGAGAAGCUGUCGCUCGAGGACUACUGCGCACAGGUUAAGACGAAGAUUGUGGCGGAGAAGAAGCUAGCAGCCAAGCUCAAAGCAAAGGGAAAAAUCGAAUGGGCCAAAGCCGCCCUCAUGCGUGCGAAAAUCAUGGAGAAGGAAAUGGAAGAAUAAAUAAAAUACAAUUAACUAGUG